AGAUCUCUCAGUGGAGGAGAUUGAUGAUUUUAUAUCGUCAAAGGCGUCUAGGGAUGUUUUAAUACCAUGGAUACGCACCGCCCGCGUUAGAAUGGGAGUCAUCGUCUUCCUGUCUGUACUUGUCGAGCCGAUUUUAAUUUUUUUUCUUGUCAGUGCGAGAACGAGUGAAGGAAAAAAGGGAAAAUCUUUGUGACUUCGACAUGGUUAAAGUAUAUUUGGAACUGUUGUAAUAGCGAUUUGGAGGUUAAAUGGUGGAGAAAUUAAAUAGUUGGGAGCUGAGCAAGACUCUAAGCCGUCGUCCUGAACGAGAUCACGUGACUUCUUGGCUUCUGAUGAGUCACACCUGUUCUCAGAGGCCCCAGCAGGAAUCAUCUGGUCUGGAUCAGCAUAAAAAUGGAUGGAUCUGCUUCUGAAAUGUGCCCCCCUGUGGGGUGUAACAGAAAGAACCCUGAGAGUGUCCUGAUGAAGAGAGCAGACUCCCCUGUACCCAGCUGUGUUUCCCUGAAGAGUGACGUGUCAAUGGACCCCCUACUCAACUUCAGAGAGGGACCUUUUCCUACAGAUCAAAGAGACCAAAUGGAAGAAUUCAGUUCAGAUCUACAUGAUAAAUUGGGUUUAUCAUCCAUAUUGAAGUCGCUAGAGGAAAAAGCCAUGAAGUUCCUAAAUGACGAGCUGAAGACGUUUGUGAGGUACCUAGAUCAGAAUUACCCAGAAUGCUCUGAGCCUCAGCUGGAGGAGGACAAUGACCUGGACUGUGAUAUUCAGAUGCAGAAGACCAGUGUUAGAGAGGUAGCUCUGAAGAUCACACUGUACAUCCUGAGGACCAUGAAGCAAAAUGAUCUUGCUGACAUGCUGGAGAAGAGACAGCUCAUGCUACAGGAAUUCAAACGUAAACUUAAGAAGCAAUGUGAGUGUGUAUUUGAAGGGAAAGCUAAGGAAGGACAGCCAACACUUCUCAGUGAGAUUUACACAGAACUCAACAUAACUGAAGGCGGAACUGGAGCAGUCAAUGAUGAACAUGAAGUGAGACAGAUUGAAACAGCAUCCAAGAAAAGGAGAAGAGAAGAUACUACAGUCAAGUGCAAUGAUAUAUUUAAACCCUUAUGUGGGCGUGAGACACCUAUCAGAACUGUACUCACUAAAGGGGUGGCAGGUAUCGGGAAAACAGUCUCUGUGCAGAAAUUUAUUCUCAAUUGGGCAGAAGGAAAAGCAAACCAGGAUGUUCACUUCAUAUUUGCUCUUCCUUUCCGGGACCUGAAUUUCAUUAAGGAUGAAUACAGUCUGAUUGAACUGCUUCACCACUUUGUCCCAGAACUGAAAUCAUUUCAAUCCACUGAGCUGUUUAGGUAUAAAGUCUUGUUCAUCUUUGAUGGUCUCGAUGAGUGUCGCCUUCCUCUGGAUUUUCAGAACAAUGAGAGCUGGUUUGAUGUAACAAAGAAAAUGUCACUGGAUGUGCUGUUGACUAACCUCAUUAAGGGGAAUCUGCUGCCAUCCGCUCUCCUCUGGAUAACCUCCCGGCCAGCAGCAGCCAAUCAGGUACCUCCUGAGUGUGUCCACCAGGUGACAGAGAUACGAGGGUUCAGUGAUGCCCAGAAGGAAGAGUAUUUCAACAAGAGAUUUAGUGAUCAGAGCCUGGCCAGCAGGAUUAUCACACAUGUGAAAUCAUCAAGGAGCCUCUUCAUCAUGUGCCACAUACCUGUGUUCUGCUGGAUUUCAGCCACUGUGCUUAAGAGGCUUUUUAGUGAGACUGACAGGGGAGAAAUUCCAAGGACUCUGACUGAAAUGUACACACACUUCCUGAUCUUUCAGACAAGUUUAAAAAAUGCCAAGUAUAUGAAAAAACAUGAAACUAAGCUUAAAGAAUACAGCAAAGAAUUCCUUUUAAAACUUGGUAAACUGGCUUUUGACAACCUUGAGAAAGGCAAUCUCAUAUUUUAUGAGCAAGAUCUGACAGAGAAUGACAUUGAUGUCAGUGAAGCUUCAGUUUACUCUGGAGUGUGCACAGAAGUCUUUAAAGAGGAGUAUGGGUUGUACCAGGAGAAGGUGUACUGCUUUGUGCAUCUGAGCAUCCAGGAGUAUCUCGCUGCUUUAUAUGCGUUUCUGUCAAACUCAUCAGCUGACCUGCUGGAGACUGCAGUGAAUCAGGCAUUAGAGAGCAAGAAUGGACACUUGGACCUCUACCUCCGCUUCCUCCUGGGCCUCUCAACAGACUCCAGUAAGACUCUGUUACAAAAGCUACUGGGGCCGACAAGAAUCAGCUCACAUACCAUUAAGGAAACAGCCCAAUACAUCCAUCCAUCCAUUUUCCAAACCACUUAUCCUACUGGGUUGCGGGGGGUCCAGAGCCUAUUCCGGAAGCUAUGGGGACAAGGCAAGGAACAACCCAGGAUGGGGGGCCAGCCCAUCACAGCAGCCCAAUACAUAAAGGAGAAAAUACAGGAGAAUUUAUCUCCAGAAAGGACCAUCAACCUGUUCCACUGUCUGAUUGAACUGGGUGACAAUUCCCUAGUAGAGGAAGUACAAAGAUACCUGAAUUCAGGAAACAUUUCAGCAGAUGACCUCUCACCUGCACAGUACUCAGCUCUGGCCUUUGUGAUGCUGAUGUCAGAUGAGGAGCUGGAUGUGUUUGAUCUGAAGAAAUACAUCAGAUCAGAUGAAGAGCACUGCAGGCUGCUGCCUGUGGUCAAGAACUCCAGGACGGCUCUGCUGAACAGCUGUCAUCUCAUAGAUAAACACUGUGAAGUGCUGUCUUCAGCUCUAAGAUCAAACUCUUCCCCCCUGAGAGAGCUGGACCUGAGUGACAAUAACCUGAAGGAUUCAGGAGUGAAGCUGCUCUCUGCUGCACUGGGGGAUUUACACUGUAAACUGGAGAUAUUAAGACUGUCAGGAUGUAGAGUCGCAGAAGAAGGCUGUUCUUCCCUGGCUUCAGCUCUGAGGAUAAACCCCUCACACCUGAGAGAGCUGGAUCUGAGCUACAAUCACCCAGGAGACUCAGGAGUGAAGCUGCUCUCUGCUCUACUGGAAGAUCCCAGCUGUAAACUGGAGAAGCUGCAGGUGGAUCGGUGUGAACUCACAGAGAAAUGCUGUGAGGCACUGGCUUCAGCUCUCAGAUCAAACUCCUCACCCCUGAGUGAGCUUGACCUGAGUGACAAUGACCUGCAGGACUCAGGAGUGAAGCUGCUCUCUGCUGGACUGGGGGACUUACACUGUGAACUGGAGAUACUGAGGCUGUCAGGCUGUAGAGUCACAGAAGAAGGCUGUUCUUCCCUGGCUUCAGCUCUGAGGUCAAACCCCUCACACCUGAGAGAACUGGACCUGAGCUACAAUCACCCAGGACACUCAGGAGUGAAGUUGCUCUCUGCUGUACUGGAGGAUCCCAGCUGUAAACUGGAGAAGCUGCAUGUGGAUCAUGGUGGAGAGUGCAGGACCAGACCAGGCUUACAGAAAUACUCCUGCCAGGUGACGCUGGACCCCAACACAGCAAACAGACUCCUGUCUCUGUCAGGGGGGAACAGGAAGGUGACACAUGAGUGGGGGGCAGAGCAGCCAUAUCCUGAUCAUCCAGAGAGAUUUGAUGGCUGGUGCCUCCAAGUUCUGUGCAGAGAGAGUCUGACUGGCCGCUGUUACUGGGAGGCUGAGUGGGAUGGAGUUGUAGCCCUGAUAGGAGUGACUUAUAAAGGGAUCGGGAGGAAAGGAGGGAGGGAUGACUGUCGGCUUGGAGACAAUGACAAGUCAUGGAGUCUGAGAUGUAAUACUGACGGUUACUCUGUCCGGCACAAUAAUAAAGAGACUCUCAUACCCAUACGGCCCUCAGAGUCUCGCAGAGUAGGAGUAUAUCUGGACUGGGGGGCUGGUGCUCUGUCCUUCUACAGAGUCUCCUAUAAUGGACUGACCUUCCUGUACAGAUUCACCUCCUCAUUCACUGAGUCCCUUUAUCCAGCGUUUCGGGUUUAUAGUGACUCCUUAGUGUCACUGUGACGUGUUGUUGGUUCUCCUGGCAAAAUGGUAAAAUCUCUGCUUUUUAACCUUUAUUAUCAUUUUUACUCUGAAGUGUAUAUUUGACAAAAAUAAAUGCCUGUGUUCAGUGAGAAACAUGAAUAAACAUGAAAAAUAUAGUUUUAUAGUUCUCUCUGACUAAAAUGUAAUCCUGAUUGGGGGGGGGGCGCUUUCCCCCUCCCCUGUAUAUGUACAUUUUAUAUAUUUAUGUCUAUUUACUGUAUUUCUUCCCUGUACAAUGACAAUAAAGGCUUUCUGUUCUGUCCUA